UCGGCUGUGUCCAUCACGAACGGUGUUAUCUAGAUCGAACAUUAGCUAAGAUAGGUCAUCCUCGUACGACUUGGCCCAUCCUAGCAACUUGAACUCAUGGCCUCGCAGCAUUCCAGUCCGGCAGUCAAUACCGUGCAGGACAUGGGACUACGAGUGUCGGUACUUGGUUCGAAGCUUGUCGACGGGUAGGCGCAUGAGAUCUAGUGCAGGGACUUUCUCCACCACUCCACCCUGCCAAGUUGUAAAUCGUUCAUCUGUACUCUUGAUGUACCGUCAACUCUCAUUCUUACCACACUGCAUGUGUAUUUCAUGAAAAUAUGACUUUGAAGAAGAACCUCGAUGAAGGCAGAGCUGGAGCUGGAACGCCCAAAAUGAGCUGAUGUGUGUGCUGAGUUGCGGUUAUACAAGUUAGGCCUCAAAAUGCAAAAGAUGCUUCACGUAUUUGUCCUAGCUGGACUAUAUAUCUACCACGGCUAGCCUAUGACAUAACCACUUUGACCUCAAGCAAGAGUACCUACUUUUUAUAAGUGAGUAGGGAAUCUCCCCAUCUACAGAAUCUUCUGUCUGGAAGACGUUCUCAUGAGCCUCACUCACAAUUUUUGCUGCCAAAUAUGGUUCUCCCUAUCAGCUUUCCACAGGCCUCGCUGGCUACUGCGAUCGGCCUCUCUGCUGCUGGUAUCUGGGUUGGCACAACGCCACCCAAUCCCUCGCCCGAUAAGGUCCCUUCUACCGGGGAUUCUAUCCGGUGGGCUGUAACCGCGCAGAAGAAGUACGGCAAUAUCCUCUACCUCUCACUCGGUGCCCAAGCGCUGCAUCACAUGUCUCUCGUCCUCACGUAUCCUGAGAUCCCCAGACCUCUUCUGCGGUAUGGUGUGAUCAAUGGGCUAGACCCGAACUUCGUCACGUGGUCCAGGGACACGGCGGUCCCCAUUGCUCUUGUCCUUGCUGGCGCCUCUCUCCGGGUACUGGCGUACAGCGGCUUGGGGACCAAUUUUACCUAUGGACUUGCAGAGCCUGAUCAGCUGAAAACAACCGGUCUCUACCGUUACAUCCAGCAUCCGAGUUAUACAGCCUCGCUACUUAUGGCAAUUGGUGCGCUCAGGUUAUGGUGGUGGCCAGACGGUAUACUUAGCUGUGUCACUCCUCCAAAGAUAUUUCCGGUACUGCAGGGAUUACAGCCGGCGUUUCUUGGAGUUGCACUUGCUUCUAUCAUGACGGCCUUGUGGAAGAGGGUGAAAGAUGAAGAGGCUAUGCUACAACGAGAAUUUGGCAAGAAAUGGGAGGCUUGGCAUUCAUGUACUGCUAGGUUCAUUCCUUUCAUCUUCUAAAUGUAUACUAUUAGUCGAUGUUAUAUAAUGUGCAAAGGCUAAAUAAAGCCAUAUAUACUUGGGCUGGUGGAGUCGGUGAAUUGAAUGACACCUUUCACUUUAUUCUGGGGUUUACUCGGUGUUAUGCCUCAAACACUUGGGAAGUAAAACAAUGUAUGAUAGAAACUAUACCAAUCAUCAAAAUCCAGCAAGCUUCUCCUCGUAGAAUAGCGGGUUAUAAUAAUUACAUGAGAUAGCGAUUAUCCAAUGUCGGUUCUGCCAGGCCGCUGACGCGGAAACACUAUAAGCUAUAAUGCCUGGUGAAGCAGGGACUUUAGCCAGGGAAAGCCCCGAGUGAAUGCUGAGGUUUAA